CAUUUUGAAUGUCUCAAAAAUACUCUAACAUUUGCUUUUUUCCGGAUACUAUUUACUCGAUCGGUAGUUGUAAGUUAAAUGGAGGUAAUUCCACGGGGCUGGAUGGAAGAUAUGGACUUGGCACAGAUGGAGGUUUUUGUGCAGGCCAUGAAUUUGGAUAAUUCAUCUAAUAACGUUGCUGAAUUGAUGAAUUUUGCUGCACAAUCUCGAUGGUGUGACAACUCUGGUAAUUUAGUUGACCAAAUUUAUCCUCAUUCCGUCUUGUCCCCAACUAUGUCACCUUUCAAUGGGUUGAACUUCAGUCCACAUGAUCUAGAAAAUCCCCUAGUGAAUGGGGACAUCAUGGGAAGUUUACCCUAUUGUAGAGAUUCACUAAGCUUUCCUCUUGGUGAAAACCAAUUGCCUCUUCCUACAGAUUCUAUUGAUCACAAUGCUAGUUUGAUCAGAACUUGGUGCCAUCAAUAUAUAGUGGGUGACCUGGGGAAUACUGUCAUCCCAAGGUCUCCAACGCUACUACCACUGGCCGAGAGAAUGCUCAAAGCAAUGCACCUACUGAAGGAGUUGUCUACAGAGGGGACUCUAGCCCAAAUUUGGGUCCCAAUUAAGAGUGGGAACAAGCACAUCUUAAGCACGCGUGAACAACCUUAUUUGUCAGACCACCAACUUUCUGGAUACCGUGAAGUGUCUGAGUUAUUCACCUUUCCAGUAGAGCCAAAAUUAGGUUCUUUUCUGGGGCUUCCUGGUCGUGUUUUUACAUCAAGGACUCCAGAGUGGACUUCAAAUGUGAUGUACUACAAUAAGACUGAGUACAUGAGGAUGAAACAUGCAUCUGAUCAUGAGAUUCGAGGGUCUAUUGCCUUACCUAUUUUUGAGGAUGAAUUACUUGGAAGGUCGUGUUGUGCAGUGUUAGAGUUGGUUACCAAGAAAGAAAAGUAUAGCUUUGAUUUGGAAAUGAAAAACAUUUGCCAAGCAUUACAGGCUGUGAAUCUAAGGACCAAGGUGCCUCCUAAGAUUUGUCCUCAGGCUCUCUCCAGGGACCAAAGGGCCAUUUCAGCUGAGAUAAAAGAUGUUUUACGUGUUAUUUGUCAAACGCAUCAGCUUCCUCUUGCACUAACAUGGAUCCCAUGUAGUUACAUAGAAGGGAAUAAUGAUGAAACUAUGAGGAUGUCUUCUGGGAGAUAUUGUGCAGGUCUUAAUGAGAAAUAUGUUCUUUGUGUUGAGGAUAAUGCUUGUUACGUAAAUGACAAGGAUAUGGAAAGUUUUGUACAUGCAUGUGCAGAACAUUAUCUUGAGGAAGGACAAGGUAUUGUUGGAAAAUCACUUCAAUCAAAUCAUCCCUUCUUUAAUCCAGAUGUGAAGGAAUACCAUGUUAACGAUUAUCCACUUGUUCACCAUGCUCGUAAAUUUGGCCUAAAUGCCGCCAUAGCCAUCAGAAUAAGAUCUGUGUACACUGGUAACAACGACUACAUACUUGAGAUCUUUCUUCCCAUCAAUAUGAAAACAAGUGUAGAGCAUCAACUUUUGCUUAGCAACCUCUCGGUUACCAUGCAACAGAUCAACAAGAGUUUGAGGAUUGUAUCGAACACUGAAUUGCUCAAGACAAAGGAUUCUAAAAUUGAAAUGUUGGAUAAUAUGGUGGAAACUUCAUCAGAAAGAACACUUUCUAGGAGUUUUAAACGACCACCUAUCGACGGAGAGUUGACUUGUGUUGAUGGUCUAAUGGGAAAUGCACAUGAACCGACAAAAGCUUAUUGUCCUCGUGAGAAGCCAACUGCUCGAUUGAAGAAACAAAUGGAGAAGAAGAAAAGCAUGGCUGAGAAACAUGUCAGUUUAAGUGUUCUUCAAAAUUACUUCUCGGCGAGCCUUAAAGAUGCUGCAAAAUGUUUAGGUGUUUGCCCCACUACUCUUAAGAGGAUAUGUAGGCAAUACGGCAUCCAAAGGUGGCCAUGUCGUAAGAUAAAAAAGGUGAGUCGAUCUUUGAGGAAAUUACAAAGCGUGCUAGGCUCUGUUGAAGGUGUGGAAGGAGGGCUUAAAUUUGAUGCAACCACUGGAGGCCUUAUGGCAGCUGACUCAAUCCUUCAAGAGGCAAAACAAGUCAUACUUCAUACAAAAAAUCCUCAAAUUGAAAACUCGGGUUUGGUAAUCCAGAAUAUGUUACCCUCUUGUUUGGAUAUAGAUACUACUACCAUGGAAAUGGAAGGUGAGACCAACAAUCGUUUUAGAAGCUACGAUUCCAUAUUAGCUGUGAUAGAAGCCAAGCUAUCGAAGGAAGAGGAUCCCAAGUCACUUUUCACCUUUAAAAGCUCUAGCCCUAAAGCAUUUGCUGCUGACAGGGAUGACAUAGUCGAAUAUAGCAAGCCUACUUCCUCUGGUAUGACAGACUCAACCAGUGGAUCAGGAUCCACUUCAAUUGCAAAAGGCAGUUCGUCAAGCUCCAGAAUAAGACAAAUGUCAACGACCGAUACAUGCGUUGGUGAUAGUUGGUCGAAAGUUACCAUAAAAGCUACUUAUAAAGAGGAUACCAUUCGAUUUAAAUUUGAGGUUUCUUCUGGAUGCUUCCGUCUCUACGAGGAAGUAGCAUCUAGGUUCAAUCUACAGACGUGGCAAUUCCAGCUCAAGUAUGUUGACGAUGAAGAUGAAUUGGUAAUGCUGGUGGGUGAUUCUGAUUUGCUCGAGUGCCUCGAAAUAUUCAAUUUAAUGGGCAAACAGAGCGUGAAGAUCAUGGUUCGUGACAUGCCUGGCAUCUCGGGGAGCUCAAGUUGUAGCACAUCUUGCUAG